CACCAGUUGAGGUCUACUAUAGAAAAGAAUUCUCUGUAAUUUAAAUUGUUUAACAUUUAGGUUUUUUUUAAUUCUUUCAUCCGAAGGUGGAGAAUUCGGUUUAGGAUUAUUCCAUGAGAUUCCAUGAGGAUACUGUUUUGCAAUUGGCAUGUUGGGCUUGGAGGCCCUGUGACAUGUAAAUAUAACUAAAGUUUAGGGGUAUUCUGUAAUUUGGACAAAAGGAAAGAAGUGAGUUUGAAAAAAAUAAAAUAAAAUAGAAUAAAUUUCGUGGACUAAGAAUCCAAUCGUUAUCAACAUCAUCGUGUUGAUGGUUAUGCUGAAGAAACGGGUGGCUGCAGUGCAAAACAAAGCGAAGCUAAAAUGAGUUCAAUAGGCCAAAGCAUAUUGAUGGCCCUCACUGUUACUGUUAACAAGCUUGCUUCUUCAAAUGUCCACGCAGUUCAUAGAAGACAAACCCAUCCACCAAACUCAACCUCCACAACCACUGAUGCUAAUGGAAGGAGAGGCCUCCUCUUGUCCACUCUGCUUGCUGCUUCUCAACUCACUGAGGAUGACUCCAGGACUCAGCUUCUUAAAAAAUAUCUCAAGAAGUCAGAGGAAAACAAAGCCAAAAAUGACAAGGAGAGACUGGACAGUUAUUACAAACGCAAUUACAAGGACUACUUUGAGUUUGAGGAAGGAGCUUUGAGGGCCAAGAGGGGAGAGCUUUCUGAAUCAGAGAAGGGUAUUCUUGACUGGCUUCAAACUAACAGGUUCUUAUAUUUUGGAAGCAUUUCGGAGCAUUUUAAAUAUUUAAGGAGUGGAAAUUUGUCUUGAAAAUGUAUUUUUCUUGUUUUGAAGUUUUUUUGUGAAGUUGAAUAAAUAAAGGUUCAAAAAGUGUAGUUUGGUCGAGUUUUCGACAAGAAAGUGAGCCAAACACUUGGAAUUUUCUUCUAAGGACUGAAAAUUCAGAGGCUAUGGUGUGUGGCCCUCACAUAUUGAAGUUGCCUUGGAGAGAUCCCUAAGAGUUCCCUACCAUAAAUAAAU